UCUCUCCCGGCAAACAUCCCGCCUGGAAGGGAGGAUCCAGUCUAGACUACCAAAAAGGACAGACCAACAGACGGCGGCGGUGUCAGUUCCCAGGCCCAGAACCUUUACCCUUUCACUGUACGGAACGUGUCAGCGUUCAGCGUCAACGGCCCCAAACUGAAGCUCCCAAACGUCAUCAGAAUGCGUCGCAACUGGCUUCUGCGCUGCAGCAUCCUGAUCAACGUGGCGGUGGUGCUGUACAUCGGCAGCCACCUGCUGAUCGGCAGCGGCAACUUCGCCAUCGGUCCGGCCUACAUCAUUGCGGACGAGGUGCUGAAGCAGCCGGCCGCUGCCGCCCAGUACAAGGCCUUUCUAUCGCCACAGCAGCAACAGCAGCAGCAGCGGUUGCUGGCGGAGGCCGAGCAGCAACUCUACGACCAACAGCAGCAGCAGCAGCAGCAGUCACCUCAGCAAGGACACAGUAGUUUAGUGUUAAAAAUUCAAGAAAAUGGGAUCGGUGUGCCGGAGGUGUCCCAGCAGCGCCAGCUGGCCGCAGUGAUACAGCAGCAGCAGCAGCAGCAAGAGCAGCAGAUACUGGAGGUGGUUCGCGAUGUAGAUAACAGUAAUCUUAACGUAGACGAUAGUCGCUUCGAUGUGCCAACGGAGAAGAGCACCUCCCGGAAGCUGCCCGGCCCCGAUGUGCUCUAUCAGGACGGCGGACCUCCGGGGCCCGCCGGUGGUGGCGGUGCGGUGGCGGGAGUGAUCAAUGGCACCGACAUCUUUUCCACCACCGCAUCGCUGGAUUUCGAUGCCAAGCUAAGGACACUGCUCAACUGUCACGACCGGGACUACGAGCCGUACAUCGCCCAGCGGGGCGACUUCUGGGUGCUGAAGAACUACAUCCGGGCCGAGCACGGUGAGCUGCGGUGCCACGAGACCGUCAGCUAUACGACGCACGCCGACUACACCUUCCUCGACAAUCUGGUACCACUGCUGGAAAGGUGGAACGCACCAAUUAGCCUUGCGCUGCACGCGCCGGGCACGGAUUUUGUGCCCACGAUCAAUUCGAUUAAGUAUCUAAGAGACUGCAUACCAGAGAGUCAUUUAGUGCGACAGUUUGUCACAUUUCAUAUUUAUUUUAGUAGUAAACAUAUUCCAAAAUUCGUUCCUAAACACAAUCAAGUAUUAGACACGCCGUACAACUGCUCGCUGGCGGUGCCGUACUUUAACGUGUCCGCCGCGCAGCUGUACAAAACGCAGAAGAAGCUGCUCUACCCGGUCAACGUCGGCCGCAACGUGGCCCGCGACGCCGCGAUGACCCAUUUCCUUCUAGCUAGCGAUAUCGAAUUGUACCCCAACCCGGGGCUAGUGCAUAAGUUUCUCGAAAUGAUCGCCCGGAACGAGCCGGUGCUGCAGCGCAAGAAUCCACGAGUCUUUCCACUGCCGAUAUUUGAGGUAGAUAAUAAUUCACCGGUGCCACGGGAUAAGGCCGAGCUGCAGGAGCUGCUGCGCUCCGGCAAAGCGAUACCCUUCCACAAGCGGGUCUGCUCCAGCUGCCACGGAGUGCCCCGGUCCAAGGAGUGGAUAGCGGCCAACGAAACCGACGAUUUGGGCGUGUUUUACAUUGGCAAACGGAUCGGAUACUUUGUGCACUGGGAACCGAUCUACAUCGGAACGCACGCCGAUCCGCACUACGACGAGCGGUUAAGUUGGGAGGGAAAAAGUGAUAAAAUGACACAAGGUUACGCACUUUGUGUGCUCGACUACGACUUCCACAUACUGGACAAUGGCUUCCUGGUGCACAAGCCCGGCAUCAAGGUGCUGAAGAAGGACCCGAAGCGUGCGAUGCUGGCGGCGAAAACGAACCAGCUGAUCAAGAAGAUCAUCUACCCGGAGCUCCAGGUCAUGUACGGCACGCGGAAGGGCUGUGCCGUAUAGCUGAAGGGGAAACAACAUUAGUAUAAGGCCAACGAUAGUACUAAUGGUAACGAUACUGGUGGUGGUCCUGGUGGUGGUGGUGGUACUAGAGAUUAUGCUAUUCGGGAUCGUCUGGGUGGUAGACGUUCGCGGACCUCCCUGCCGUCGCUCGGUUCCUCCGGCUGGGCCCUAUCGGCGGCAGUGCAGUCCGGGGUGCCCGUCUACCGCCCGCACGUUAGUAGCCGUCGGAAGAAGGGCAAACCGAAGGGCUACAUCCGGCGCCGGCGGCGCUGAGGCGUGCCCGGGUGUGUUCCCUGACGACGGCCCCUUGUGUACAGGGUAAUCCAACGCACGGGAUGGGGGGGCUGUAUUUCGUAAGACGUAAAAAGACCGGUCGGUCAUUGGGGCCCUCUACAGACAGUGGGGGCCACUGGCCACAAUCAAUCGAUGCUCGAUGGAAGUGAUAUAUUUACUAAGGACGCUUUAGUUACGAAUUUUGUGUUACUUUAAACGAUAACAACUGAACCCUGGUGAUAGUGGCAGGCAGAGCGACGGCCUUGAUCGUGUAAUCGUGAACUCAUAGAUGUCCUUCCACACCGCCACCCUUUGUUUCACAACACCCACACUGGUCCGUGUUCCGUUCAAUGCACACAAAACACACGGCAAAAAAAUUCACCCGCACUGGAUGCACCCUAGAGACAUAGUCCUUCGAUUGGAUGUACAUGUUUGUGUGUGUUUCGAUGUGGAUAAAAUCUCUUAAAAUUCGAAAUUUAUGUCUAUAUCAAACGAUCUUGAACCCGCGAAGGGGACCACUCCGCUCACCAAAAAUGCAAAGGCAAAACAAUGUGGAAUUACUCCUCCUAGGUGCCGUGCCCAGGUGGGGUCAUACAGAAUUUAAUCCAUUCAACUCUUCAACAAUCCAUAACAUAACAUCGCUUGUUAUUUAUUCACCGCCGCCAGAUUCGGUGCCACAACGUUCACCACUAAGAGAUAAUGACGAGGUGAACAAGUGUACGGAGAGCUCACCCAGAAGAAGCAUAGAAGCAUAGUUUGGUAGACAUUUUAUAAAGAGAGGCACAUUUUACAUGAAACUCACACAGCCCGUGACACUGGCGACAAGAAUUCACAAGACCAAGCACUGAGCAAUGAUAUAUACUUGCAAAAAUUGUCUGCAAAACGGAUCGGUAGAUGAGCUAAAUGACACUAAAGUAGUAAGUUGCCAGUACACUCCCUUCUUCGACACACACACACACACACACAAAGAGCCAAGAGUUAUCGAACAAAACCGCAUGAUAUUGUUUUUCGUACGAAUUUGCAAAAUCUCGCAUCACUAUGCGCCAACUGACAAUUAUGAAUAUUGGACUGUUGAAUCUCGGCAGUAGUAGUAGCAGAGAGGAGCCUCUGUAUUAUACUUUGUUUGCUCGACACGGACACUGUGCGUAGAGCCGUAACCUAUUUGCUAUAAGCAGCGUUAGCGCGGAGUAACAUUAAUACAGAAAACAAAACACUAGUAACAUAUCGAGCAAAAACCCGAACAAGUAGUGUGAUAACAUACCUUAUGCAUGCUUUCUUCUCUCUACGAUAGAAUAUCAAAGAUUAGCGUUUCUUAGCGUUUGCGUUUCGUAAGCUAACACAUUUUAUACUCUCCUGACGCUAGUCUGUGCGGCAUUGUUUCGUUUGCACAGCAGCGAAUAGCAGACACAAAGGUGAUCUUUACCUUUUCACGGACCGGAAAUCUCUAUCUCUCUCUUUAUCUCAAUCUCACGUGAGUAGCAUGUUUUAGUUCAUGUCUCCAUAGAUAAGUGCCUUAUUCGUACUGAUGUAUGUAAAACACACAACAGGAGAGCAAAAAAAGUCACACUCAUACACGACCGAUCACGAUGGAAAUGGUAGCAAAACACGAUCACUGGGAAGAAGUGAAGAAAACUAUACGAAAACGAUCACUCACAAGUCGGCAACAAAAAGACACUAAAGUAACGUUCAUGAAGGAUUAACAAUCUUAUACAGAUUGCGGGAUGAAACAAGAAUCUCACAAGCAAAUCGUACUCGUAAAUGGCGAUGCCAGAAUGUAGCGCUGUUCUCUCUCUCUCUCUAUCUCUUUUAACAAUUCGCAUUAUCUCGUAGCAGGACGCACGCAUUAUUGCGUAUCUAGCGCAUUGCGAUUGAAGAAGCAAACAAAAAUAGAGAAUAUACUUUUAAACACCACGGAAGCAAUAGGUUAAACUAAGUUAACAAAUUACUUUAGGGUAACGGAGGAAGAGUGGCAUCGAGACACUACCGAUACCGGUUGCUUCACUUUUCAUCCACCAGUUGACUACUAGAUGCACUGGUAGCUCAAGAAAGGUAACACAGUUUUACUAGCGCCCCUAGAGUUAGGAUUAGGCCUAGUCAGAGUAGCCCAGGAACAAGGAGAGCAGGUGUUACGUUGUAAGAGUACCUUUUAAUUGUACAUAGUUUGGUUUUGCCAGGUUUCUCGCUUUCACCCCUAGCCUCUGAACCCCUAAAAAGACCCCUCAGUUGCGCCUGUGUUCGCCGAUUUCGAUUGUUGUUUUAUUGUUUGUUUGGGCUUGUUUUGCGUUUGUGAUCCUGAAUCUCACUUUGCCACCCUUAGCACCGAAGACAAACGAUCGUAAACGACGCGAGAGGGGAUCGUCCACAGGAGCAGCGAUCAGUGUACAGAGUAGGAAAAGUUUAACAAAUCCGAGGAAGAGAGGAACGACGUGUAAAGUAUUUGCGUAAAACGAUAAACACCGUAGAAAGGGAAAAGCGGAACGCGGUGCGGAACGUGAGUGCAGCACGCAGGAUCGGCACACACAUACACACGCAUGCAAAACCCUGGAAGUAAUCGAUGUAUUUCCAUAGAAGUGUUCCUUUUUCACAUAAAAAAAGAGAAGA